AUGGCGGGAUCCUUACAAACAGAGAUACUAGGUACCGUGUUUAAAGUGACUGAAAGGUAUACGGAUCUUUGGGUGAAAGGUCUGGCAGCGUCUGGUCUUCUUUGCCCCGCAUACGAUCGAAUCAUGCAGCAACCCGUGACGCUGAGGAAGAUCUCAAGGCCAUUCUAUGCAAGGAGCUAUUCGAGGAACGCUUUUCAUGAAAUAGUAUCAUUAAAGCAUCUUCGGCAUAGCAAUGUGAGCAUACACCACUCCCUCUGUACAGCGGCUGCUGAUAAGAUCGGCUAUCGACAGGAUCUUAGAUACGUUGUCAGUGAGUCUUCAGGGCCCAAACUUGGCCAAAUCAUGGGAACGGGAAGACUGGAUCAUAUUUUCACCACCUAUUUCUUAUAUCAGAUCUUAGUGAGGUUGAAAUAUCUUCACUCAGCAAGCUUGUAUCAUUGCGAUCUCCAACCCGCGGACAUUUUGGUCAAUGAAAUCGCUGAUCUGAAAAUUGGCAACCUUGAUCUCGAUGGACUCAAUCCUUGGCCAACCUGCAGCUGUUUCAUACACCACUACCAAGCCCCAGAGGUCAUACUCUUAUGUCAGCAACUAGAUCCGGCAGUCGAUAUUUUCAGCACUGGAUGUAUUCUAGGCGAGAUAUUUCGUGGAAGCGCUGUCUUUGCCGGAGAAGAUCUCAGGCACCAAUUAGAACUUUUCGUGGACAUACUCGGCUCUUCGCCGGAGCAAAUGCUUGAGGACAUUCGUGACAAGAAGACCCUUAGCAUUAUAGAGUCUCUUUCGAAGCAAUCGAGUCACUGCUCACCACAUUUCCGGGCAUUCACGAUGCUCUAUCCCAACACAAUGAUGCCAUAUUUGAGUGAGAAAGGACAUGAAUCUGAUACGUCCAUAGUUGUCAAUCUACUGGAAAAGAUUCUGACGUCCGACCCUCAAGGGAGGUUAGCGGCUUCCAAGGCUUUGGCACAUUCCCACCUGGCGCGGUACUAUGACCCUACAGAUGAACCAGUGGCCCACAGGAUUUCUGAGCGUUUGCUUGUCAAUGCAAGACUACCUGGGAAUCCAUGGGAAAAGAUGUUUGUUGUGGCCCUUCACACUUGGUAG